GAGUUCAAAGUGCAUUAGUCGCUUGUGAACAACUGAUAGCAACGCAUGUUUACAGAAAACGGAAAAAACUACGAAAAUCCCAAAAAAUAACAAACCAAUAGAAAACAAUAUAAAAUAUUCGAAAUGAUUUGCAUUGGAUUUAAAGUGUCGUUAACAACAGCAUUCUUCGUGUUGUGUCUGGUGGCCGCUACCAUUGCCGUACCUUGGGGCAUGCAUCAGAGUAAUUAUGAUGCCAGUCUAGAUCCAAUUGUGUGGUCUCGGGGCUUUGUUAAAGACUCUAUACGUCGUCCCCGUUUGUAUCGUUCAAAUGUGCACGAUGAACCAGAGGAAAUGCCAGAUAAUCUACAGAAGACUUCCAAAAAAUCGAAAGCCCUACAAUCAAAUUCUUAUGAUUUGCAUGGAAGAAGAGCUUAUGCCAGGACAAAUGCGGAUAAUUUCAAUACUUACUACAAUGGAGAAUCUUCGUUGCGAAAAUACAAUUCAAUGCGUAGAAGAUUCUAUCGACGUCCUCAAAAGCUGGAUUCCCGUGAUCGUUAUGAUUUUGUCUAGAAUUUGAAUUAAGUUGCAAGUGUACAAAUUAGAGUAAGAUUUAGAACGAUAAGAGAUAAUUUGGACGUGAUAACUGUGUAUUUAUUUAAAAGCUAUCGAACCUAGUUGAGUAGGACAACUAUUUAGGUUACAAAAUAAAAACCAUAUAUAAUUGCUAACGAUCGAAGUGUAUCAUAAAUAUUUAUAGAUAUAUUUCUCAGAUGCAGUUGCAAUGCAACUUGUUGCUGAAACUAUUACAAAAUGUAUUACAAUAACGCUCAAAAUAUAUAUAUUUUUCAUAUAUUUAGAAGAACUAUUUCAAGUGUACAUAUCUAUCAUUAAUAAAAAUUUAUAAAAUAUAAA